AUGGGAGAAGAAGAAUUUGAAGAAUCGGAUGUGAUAUUUUUGGAAGUUCAUGAAGUAUGGAAUAAACAAGAUAAUUAUAAUAUGUUUGAGAAGCGUCAACAUAACAUGUUAAAGAGAAAAAGAAAGAAGAAAAAUAGAUUAUCCGUUCCAAUUAGUAUCCCCGAAAAUAAAUCAAACUUGUUUGUUAGUGAAGAUGAAUCAUUGGUUAAAUCUGACAUAUUUGAAGACGAUGAAGAAACAAUAACUCCACCCCACAUAAUAUGGGGUCGUCGAAAACAUGAUGAAAAUGUAGCAUAUUCCAUAUGCACGGAAAGAGGAAAGACCUUAAAGUUAAGAGAUUUUAUUUUCAAAAUCACCGGAUUUCUUGAUACUUGA